AUGGAACAUAACUAUCCAUAUUAUCUUUUCUUAAUUCUAAAAAUAAAAUAAAAAAAUAAAAAAAAUACCAAAUAGCACAUAAAAAUGACUAAAGAGUCGCUGCGAGAGUCUUUAUAAAGGCACAGACACAGGCAUCAAACCCUGAAAAAGAUUUGUCUUCUCUUCUCUCAACCCAUCGCUCCCUCGCCCGUUCCAAGGAAGAAACAAUGAGUAAAGAGAGGCUGCGAGUCGUUUUAGAGAUAAUUGAGACUGUGAUGAAAAAAAGCGAUGCUCUGUCUGGCGCAACUGAUACUUUACCUCCCCUUAUGUCAAAUCUCAAGAUAGAGAAGAAAACAGACGACCCUUCUGGACGGCAGCAGGAGGAGGAGGAGGAGGAGGAGGAAGAGCAGGAUUCGAGCGAGUACGCCGAGUCUCUUCUUGAUUUUCUCCAUGAACCUACUGUAGAUUUUGUGAACAAAGCAUGCGACACGGAGGAGGAGCGUCAUAGGGCUAUGAAGUCCAUCUGCAGAUUGGUUGCAAGUCUUGAAUCGGAAGCUGCUCGUGAUCUUGAGGAAUUCGAGGCAUCCAUCCCUGAGAAUCCUCAAGAAUGGACACAAGAGAUGUGGGAGUAUAUGUAUGAAAAGGAAAAGGAGGAGGUGAGGAAUUUCGAAGAGCAGCAGUUGGCUUUGGAGAAGAAGAAGCGGAUACAAAAGCGAUUGGAUAAAACAUAUCGAAGAAGACGGAAAAUUGCGAAGAAGACAAGUAAAAGAGAGAGAGAGUGCUCAAGUGGCUUGGCUUGAAUAUGUCUACUGUUUUUCAUGUUCUUAAUUAAUUAAUUAAUGCCGACUCAGAGAAAGGAAUUGGUUUCCCAUUUCAUCUAUUCUAUGUUUUUUGGUUGCAUUUUUAAUUAAUAAUGCUGGGUCGUUGUUUUUGCAUUUGUGGGUAAUUAUUUUAUUAUAGCUCCCUUUUUCAAUACAACAAUUUUGAGAUGAGAUA